AUGUUGUUGUGCAAAAGCGGGUGACCCCAAGCGAAGAAGUGCAUCUUGCACAAGUGGGCUUUUGUGGAGUGGAAAAGGAAAAAAAACGAAAGAAUUCUUCACAAUCUCGCAAACAAGAUGGACGAUCAAAUAGAAAAAAAUGUGUUUUUUGGUGAAUGAAACGACAGUUCUGAAAAGCUAACAUUUACGAUCACCUAGCCUUAUCAGUAGUAGUGGCUGUGAUGGACGCUUUCGUGCGAUGUUUUGGUGCACAGACAGAGACUGAGAGUUUGUGGUGGCAAUAGCCUUGCGAGGUGGCUCGACUGGUCUUGACCGUGAAAGCAACGACACACGACGCGGUGCCGGUAUCCACCCAAGUCCAGAUUCAUCUCAACACACCAGAGAAGACCGUCGCUUCAAAUGCGGGAAUCCUCACGAUCGACGACGAUCUUCUUCCGUUAGACUUCCAGCAGUUGCACGACGUUGAACCGGUUUUGUUCUUUUCGGCAACACCACCUGAGUCUACUGCCGUGGUGGCUGUCUUCUCGUGACGAUGGGGAAGUACAACGACUGUGCGCUCGUCCCCGAGAACUGGUUUCGCCCUAACUCGGAGUGUUUAAUGCUCCACUGUUUACGGAUACAAUUUGACUAUGGGGUGGAUGGUUUUGUGGUAGCCACAUACUGUUUCGAUGGGCUGAAAUUAUGAGUUGUGUGAUUGUGUUGUGCAGCCACGAGCGACGACGUGACUGUGAUUUAAUAUGGAAGCAGAUUACUAUGUAAAUAGGACGCAGUUCUUGGGAGCUAUUUUCGCCAGCCACCAAAAGUAAAACAAAGCCUUCGGUGCGUCAACAAGUGCGUGAACUUCCUAAAACUGUGAUUCAUGCUAAUCAAAAGUUAGUGUGUUGAUGCCACUUGCCACAGAUUUCACACCUUUUUAAUCUACACACCUUGGUUGUCUUUUGUUAGCUUACAGUCAGACUACGAACCCGGGCUAUCAACUAAUUGGCGAACAAUCUGCCGUUUUUGUUCUUAUCUGACGCCUUAGCCGUAUAGAGCAUUUCGGCUUGAGCGGCUUAACCUCAAAACCGUUCGUUCGCGUUGUUUUGGUUUGUUUCGGCCGGAGGAGAAUGACUAAUUCUCUUCCCCUUCCUGUCGUUAGACUUCGCUGAGCAACGAAUUGCGAUCGAGACGCGCAGUAAGGUUAUAUUUAUAUGCGACGUUCAGUUUCUGCACAGCUGUUGACCAUCAUACGACAAGAGCUCCGUACCAUUAAGGGGUGAUAUCAUACACCUCAAAAUUAAACUACCCGUGAAUUGUGAAGUAACAGGGCGAGUGCGGCCAAAACAAGCGAGAUUUUAGUGAGAUGAAUCCCGCAGACAGCGGCAGCGAUCGUCAACGAAGGUAAUUAAACAAAAUGAAGUUUCUUGUACUGUGUACGCUGAUUGUUGGAGCUACCGCCGGAUACUCCAACUCAAACUACCGGGACGGCAAAGCGACAGGUCUCUAUAAUCAAGUCUCGACCGGUACCGAUUAUGCUGACAAGUUCCCCCACGGUAACACAGGUUAUAACGGUGGCUACACGACGCACUACUCCGGCCCGAACGGUGUUGGCGUGGCGGUCGGUACCGGUACCGGCAACUUUGCGCCCGGGUUCCCCGGUUUCCCCGGCCCAACGGUAGACUUCAACAACUUCUUCCAGGGCAUUCAGGCGAACUUUGCAAACUUGUACCAGCAGCAGUUUGCUCUGCAGCAAGCUCUGUUCCAGCAGCAACAGGCCGCCUUUAACGGAGCCUUCAAUGGAGGUGGAGGCUUCGGAGGUGCUGGAGCGGCCGCUGGAGUAGGUGGCUUCCCAGUGUACGGACCAAACUUCGCCAGUGGUAGCAACUACGUGAACAAUCGCUAUCCGGCCGGUAACUACGGCUCACCGAAUGUGGCCAGCUCUUCGGCUUCCUUCGGACCGGGAGGAUUCCAUCAGACGGCUUCGAUCUAUCCCAAUAAUCCGGCCGUACCGAAUGUGGACACCCGUUUCGGUGGAUCGGAGCAAUCGACCAGCUUCCAGAGUGGCAAACCAGGAUUCGUCGGCGUUUCAAGCUUCUCGUCCUCCUCCAACAUCAACGGCCAGACGCACCGUGAAGCAGUGACGUCGGUGAACGAUAAUGGCAAAGUGACGACCCAUCGCGUCCACUCAUAAACUAACUGCGUCAUAAUACGCCCAACCGUGUGCUAAACCGAUUUGCGAGACGAAACACAGGAAGACGAUCGAGACACCAGAUGUAGAGGAGUAAACAGUACCGGCUGCUUCCUUCAGACACAAAUCAACACAAAAACAAACCCCCCCCCCUUGCAGACGAGACGGGACAAUCUCAGGAGCAUCAGCUACGGAGGGAGUAAUGCAGUGGCGAGGAACCAGCGAUGAUAGAGUCCACCGGACAUUAAGCGUACGCAUGUGUGUACAUGCGUGUUUGUGUGCUGCGAUCAAGACGUACUUAUUUGCUAACAAUUUUUACCUUUUAAUAUACAUGCUUCUUUUUGUGAAAGUGUGCAUUGUAACGACUUUAUCCAACUUCACUGUGCACGGUGGUUGAUAAUAAAGCAAAACGGAGAUAUCCUCAAGCUAAAA